CCCUUCCGGGCUCCGGGAAGCAGGAGGCUCACAGGCGCCUUUCGCUCGCAUCGCCGCCAUGGCGCUCCUGUGGUCCGGUGGUCGCUCGCUCCUGCCCCCCCGCGUGGCUGCCGUCGCGGUCCGAGCCAGAUGCUGCAGUUCCUGGUGGACCCACGUGGAGAUGGGACUCCCCGAUCCUAUCCUGGGGGUGACAGAGGCCUUCAAGCGAGACACGAACACUAAGAAGAUGAACCUAGGAGUUGGGGCUUACCGAGAUGACAACGGGAAGCCAUAUGUCUUGAACUGCGUUCGCAAAGCAGAAGCCCAGAUAGCUGCUAAGAAGAUGGACAAGGAAUAUUUGCCCAUUGCUGGGUUAGCAGACUUCAACAAGGCAUCGGCUGAGCUGGCUUUGGGAGAAACAAAUGAGGUUAUACAAAGUGGCCGGUAUGUCACUGUGCAGACAAUUUCUGGAACUGGGUCCCUAAGGGUUGGAGCCAACUUCUUGCAACGAUUCUUCACACCUAGCCAUGAUGUGUUCCUCCCCAAGCCUUCCUGGGGGAAUCACACCCCCAUUUUCAGAGAUGCUGGGAUGCAGCUACAAAGCUAUCGAUACUAUGACCCCAAAACUUGCGGCUUUGACUUCACUGGGGCUUUGGAGGAUAUUUCUAAAAUUCCAGAAAAGAGCAUUAUUCUAUUCCACGCCUGCGCUCACAACCCCACUGGAGUGGACCCUCGGCCAGAGCAGUGGAAGGAGCUUGCUGCGGCUGUGAAGAAAAAGAAUCUCUUUGCCUUUUUUGACAUGGCCUAUCAAGGUUUUGCCAGCGGGGACAUCAACCGAGAUUCAUGGGCCGUCCGUCACUUCAUUGAACAAGGCAUUAACAUAGUGCUCUCCCAGUCGUAUGCGAAGAACAUGGGCCUGUAUGGGGAGCGCGUGGGCGCCUUCACUGCCAUUUGCAAGGACUCGGAGGAAGCCAAGAGAGUGGAGUCCCAGCUCAAGAUCCUGAUCCGCCCCAUGUAUUCCAACCCACCCAUCAAUGGGGCUCGGAUAGCUUCUGCUAUCCUAAACAGCCCUGAUCUGCGAAAGGAAUGGCUGGCUGAGGUGAAGGGAAUGGCCGAUCGCAUUAUUGGCAUGCGCACCCAGCUCGUGGCCAAUCUGAAGAAGGAAGGGUCUUCUUGUAACUGGAAGCACAUCACUGAUCAGAUUGGAAUGUUCUGCUUCACAGGGCUGAAGCCAGAACAGGUGGAGCGGUUAAUCAAAGAAUUCUCCAUUUACAUGACGAAAGACGGCCGCAUCUCCGUGGCAGGAGUCACAUCGGGCAACGUUUCUUACCUGGCUCACGCAAUCCACCAAGUGUCGAAGUGAACAGGGAGAAUUGUCCGGACGGCUUUGCGCUCUCCAGCUUGACUGGUGGGGGGAGGAGGAGCAGCAGGUAGAAUCAGUGUUUCCCUGGCUUCCAGCCGUCACUGACCUCAUGUCUGCCCCCACAGCCCCCCUGCCCCCCCCCCCGGCUCUGCAAUGGGUUCUGGGGCUGCUUUUGGCAGUCGGGCUGGAAUCUGUGCAAAUGCUUCAGCGGCAUCUGGGCUGGGCUGGGAGACUUUGCGCCUCUUUGCAGCUCUUGUGAAAGCAGCCUUCCCCAGGUCUGCUGGACUUCUGUGUGGUCAGGGUAGUGCUGAGAAUAAUUUAAAAUGUGCCCCAUUGUUUUGAAUGGACAUCCUACACCCGAGCACCGUGCCCCAGGGAAUUCGAAGCACAGCUCUUGAAAUACAAGUAAUUUUUUUUCUUCCUUGCUAGAAAAGUUGUGCGGUCGGCCAUUCCCUUCACCUCAGCCAAUGUUCCUACAGACUGAAUAUGAUGCAUUUUUUUUUCAUUUCCCAAUAGAAAGCAGUUAGCAGAACAGUUUUAAGCUAUUCACUGGCAUUUUUUAGAUCUGAAUAACUGCAACAAAAUAAAUUGCCUUUCCUUUCAUUUGGGGUCUUUGGGAAACCCUGGUAUGUGCAUAUUCUGGAUGGGAUGUUUGUGUUGCUCCUCCCUCCUGGGGUGGUAGGAGUAAAGCUCCCUUGUGAAGCUAGUGUAUGUUAUGCUGCUCUUAAACAACACAACUUGCCAGUGUCAUUCUUUCUCAACUGCUCACCUAAUCAAGGAAAUAUCCUUUCUCCUUUUCGAAAGUUAUUUUUAGUGCUGCUCCAGUUCUGGUAAGGUUAGUUGCUCAAAGGUAUGUCCACAGAAAUGGAACAUCACAUCA